UUUACUGUACGGGCUCUCGGAGGCGGCGGCAAAGCCACCAUGGCUGACGGUAGUGGCGGUCCUGCCGAAGCGUCUAGUCCGCGGGAGUCCCCGGGCCGGGCGCCGCGGGUGCCGCGUGCCGUCGGGCCCAGUAGCGGCAGCGGCUGCGGGGAGACCCCGCGGACGCCGGCCUUGGCGCUACGCUUCGACAAGCCCAUCAAGCAGGCCUUCUACAACACCGGGGCCGUGCUGUUCGUGUGCCUGUGCUGCGGCGCCGCUGUGCUCGUCUACUUCAUUUUGGAGGCCUUCCUGCGGCCGCUGCUGUGGGCCGUGCUGUGCGGCACCUUCCUGCACCCCUUCAAGAGCUCGCUCACGCGCCUGGGCCGCCACUGGCUGCAGCGCCUGCACCGCGCGCACACGCCCAUCGUGCUGGCCGCACUGCUGCUGCCGCUCUGCUUUGCAGACUACGGCGUCGAGGCCCUAGGCGAGCAGGCGCUGCGCCGCCGCCGGCUGCUGCUGCUGCUCGGCACCGGCGGCCCCCUCCUCUACGGCCUUUACAGCCUGGGCAGCUACCUGGGUGUACAGGUGCUGCUGGCCUACGUCGGCGAGCUCAUUUGCCGCGGGCUGGACUACUUCAGCAGUCUGUGGAUCUGGACGUUGGUGGUUGGCUAUGUGUUGACUGUUUCAUUCAAGUGGAAUGCAAGCACUGAACGCUACUUAAGAGCAAUUUCAAUUCCCGUCUGGAUUAUAUUGCUCUUUCAUUUAGCAUCUCUGGCCGGCUCAUGGAGAAUUCCAGUAUUCCUGGUUAUUGUUUUCCUGAUGUCUGUGGGCACCCUUUAUGAAAAACAGAACGGAAAAGAGUCUGCUGGGGCAGAGUUACCCGGGCAAGUUAUCUCCAUGGCCGCCUCCACGCUGGCCACCUUGGCUAUCUCCAUCACAGGGUAUGAGUCCGGCACGGAAGACCAGCCCUCGGCCCAGCCUGAAGAAACCAUGGACAGAGGAGAACCCCCUCCAACACUGUCCUCUUCCUCUUCCUCCCCUUCACCCACGCUGGGCAGACAGAAGCCAGAAAUUGGGACGUUCCUCAGGAAGAAGAAGACGAGCGAUGUCUACUUCGUGGCUCUCGUUUGGGCCAUCAUUGCCGUCCAGCUGUGGCUGAACCUGUGGAUUGUGCAGCUGCUGCCAGUGCCGAUUGCAGUCUGGGUACUCAAAAAGCUCAUCAUUCACUUUGGAGUUGUGAACUUCUUGGAGCAGCGCUGCUACGUGUGGUGGCAGGCCGUGGAGAACUUCCUCAGGGAGCGGCAGGAAGCUCUAGCGCCGUGGCCAGUCAUCGGGCUCGGGAAAUUCCUGCUAAAAGUUGAUAGCAAGAUGAUCAUCUGGUUGGAGAAGAUGUUAGACAAAAUAAUUAGCAUUUUCAUCAUAUUUUUGUUAGUGAUAGGAACCCUUCUUUUAGCCCUGCUCCUGACUGCAAAGGUCCAUCAAGAGAGCGUACACAUGAUCGAAGUCACAAGCAGCUUGAUUAAUGAAACUCUAGCAAAUCACCCUGAGUGGGCAAAUUGGCUUCCUGAGGCUCAGGUAGUCCAAAGAGCCCUUAAUUCUGCAGCUAACAACGUGUAUCAGUAUGGACGAGAAUGGAUAACCCACAAGCUUCAUAAAAUUCUUGGAGAUAAGGUGAACAAUACUGCUGUGAUUGAAAAGCAAGUACUAGAACUUUGGGACAGACUGUAUCAUUCUUGGUUUGUAAAGAACGUAACCCAUUCUGGAAGGCACAAAGGACACAAGAUGCACAUAAGUCGUCAGAAUAGCUGGCUGGGAGACAUUCUGGACUGGCAGGAUGUCGCGUCCUUCAUCCACGAGAACAUUGAGACAUUUCUUUCUAUCCUAGAGUCUCUGUGGAUUGUGAUGAGCCGGAACGUGAGCCUGCUUUUCACCACCGUCACUACACUCCUGACCAUCCUCUUCUACAGCGGGACGGCCCUUCUCAACUUCGUGCUGUCCCUGAUAAUUUUCCUGACCACACUAUUUUAUCUAUUAAGUUCCAGUGAUGAGUACUACAAGCCAGUGAAGUGGGUGAUAAGCCUGACACCACUCUCUCAGCCAGGUCCUUCUUCUAAUAUUAUUGGCCAGUCUGUGGAAGAAGCUAUCAGAGGGGUGUUCGAUGCUUCCCUCAAAAUGGCUGGCUUCUACGGACUGUACACCUGGCUGACUCAUACUAUAUUUGGCAUCAACAUUGUCUUCAUACCAUCAGCUUUAGCAGCAAUCCUUGGAGCAGUGCCGUUUCUGGGGACGUACUGGGCAGCCAUACCUGCAGUUCUGGACCUGUGGCUCACACAAGGCUUAGGGUGCAAAGCCAUCUUACUGUUGGUUUUUCAUCUCUUGCCAACAUACUUUGUAGAUACUGCCAUCUAUUCUGAUAUAUCAGGAGGUGGCCAUCCUUACUUGACCGGCUUGGCGGUGGCUGGUGGAGCAUACUACCUGGGCCUUGAAGGGGCAAUCAUCGGGCCCAUCCUCCUCUGUAUCCUUGUGGUCGCUUCCAAUAUCUAUAGUGCCAUGCUUGUGAGUCCCACGAAUUCAGUGCCCAUGCCAAACCAGACCCCGUGGCCUGCUCACACCCAGCGGACUUUCCAUGACAUUUCUGAAGAUGUGAAAUCUUCGGUAGACUGACACAGCUGCCGCUGCAGUGAUUUCUCUAGGAGGUUCAUCCUGGACUGUGAGUUCAGCUCAGCUAUGGCCUUCUGUCCGUUCAGCUGUGCCUAGCACGCAGAGCCCAGGAGAAGGAGCAGAAGCCGCCUGGCCUUCCACACCGCAGGCACGGACAAGAGCGAACUGGCUGUGGGCUGCUUUGCCAUUUUAAAGCACAGCGUUAGCGCUCCGAAAUGUGGUUUGCACACCUCACCGUUGCUAAGAUGGCUUGAAAAGUUUCCGUUUGUACACUGGUACCAUGGCUUGAAAUUUCCCCCCUUUGCUUGUCUAUAUUAUGAUUAGAAUAUGUAUUUAUAAAGUUAUUUUUAAGAGCCCUUAAACUACCUGCUGUAACAGGGCAUACAAUGUAAUUUUUCUCUUGUUUUAAGAAAUCUGUUCAUACACUUUUUGACGAGUCACUUUUCGAUGAAAAGGGCUUUCACUUUUGAGUAUGUAGUUACUUGAGCAGGAAAAUGAGUCUUCCCACAGUGUACAGUCCUCUCUGAGGAAGGACUAAUCUUAAGUGUUAGGGCGGAGUGGCUUAUUUCAAGUUCAGUUAGUUUUAUGUCGCAACCAUGGGAGAGACAGACAGACUAAAGAUUUUUAUCCACUUCCUUUUUUCUCCAUCCCCCAUCACACCGUUGCCAAAAUUCCAAAACUUGGCAGACCACAUUGAAGUGAAAUAUGUAUAAGCUGCUAUUAUUAAUGGUAACAAUAUGAUAGAAUUCAAGUUGUGAUUUUUUUCCUUUCAAAAUGUCUUAAGUGAAAAAUCUCAGGUGCAGCAGUACUUUGAUUUGGUAAUGUAUCCGUUUCUUUAUUUGGAAUUCUGCCCCUUAGGUACUGAUAGAGUAGGAUUUGGUAUUUAUGUAGCAUUUUUCCAUCACUCAGCACAGUGCCUUGCACACAAGACUCUCUAGGUGACUUUUUAAGUAUGUCAGUUAUCACAAUAACCAGCAUAGUGCUUUACGUUUUGUAGAGUCUCUCUGAGUAUAAUUAUUUCACAACAACAUCACAUAACCUUUCGUACAGCUUUAUCUUGUUUUGUAACAGUUUCACACAGAUGGGGAAGCCAAGGUUCAGAAAAGCGACCAACUCAAAGCCCUGAAUUUAGUAAGAUUUGAGCUCAACUCUCUGACUCCGUAAGCCCUCAAACUCUGCUAUACUGUCGUGUUUCUCCUUAAUCUCUUCAGUGUUUCCAGUGCAGUGAGAUGGAAUAGGUGUCCUUGGACUUGUCCUGCAGUUAACCACAGGGCCAGGACUAGGACCGAGCUCCCGGCCUUGGGCCCUUUCCGUUAAGUGAAAACAGUCCUUGGGCUCUUUCUCCGCCCCUGAGGGAAUGUGGAGGAGAAAUGGCUCUUUAGUGUCAGAGAUCACGUUUUUUGCAAAACAAAAGUAGAAACUAUUUUUUCUAAGACCCUUCUCACCAAGAAGCAUUGUUAGUGAUAAUUAAGUUAAACUUAUUCUGAUGUUUCUUAAGAAAAACUCUGUCUAGAAGGGAGGCUACAAUAAGGUCUUCGACUGUUCAUACAGGAGAGUGCAUGCAGGUCUCGUAUUUUUACUAUGAAUCCUUCAGCAAUUAUAAUUUGAUAUAACACCAGGUAUUUCAUUCGGCCACUGAAUACCUCAUUAUUUUUUGCAGCCUGUUGUUUAAUCAUUCAUUCAGCAAAACCUUUACUGGGAGUUUGCCAGACUCUAGGUUGCCUGCCAGAUGCUGUGCAGGGUACUGUAGGGAAUAACUCAUGAGAAGGCCUUCUCUCACAUCAAAGUGUAGCCAGAUCAUACAUACUGCUAAAAAGAAAAUUUUCUAUUAAAGGAGUUAAAAAAGAAAUCAGGUUUGUUUUUGUUAAUUGCAUAAAGGAAAGUUUAUGGCUAUAAUCAGCACAUAUUUGUAAGAGGUAAGUAUACACAAUGAGUUAGGGUGCAUAUACAGAUUAUGUUCUUCCCAAGUGGUUUGAGCUGUACAAAGUGAUGUUGCAAAAACUAAACCUGAGCUAAUGUAUGGCUGUAGCUUGUCAUAAUUAUUUGUGUGAAUAUCAGGUAUAGUGGGGAGAACUCUGUGCUCUGAGAGAAUAGAUUAGAGCUUCCCAAAUGGGCAGUGAUGUAAUAACGUCACCCUGAACGUCAGGAACAGAGGUGGCCCACAGCGCUGCACUGUCCUGGUCAAGAAAUGUGAAGUGGCCCAGCACUCCAGCAACUGGGAGGACUGGGAAGCUGGACAGCUAGCAGAGGGUUUCCUGGAACCCUCAGAAGCAGAAACAUGCCCCCUCAGAUGCGGAGAGGGGUUCUGCAGAAUUUUAACAGGGCAUGCUGACAAGUGGUAUGAAAAGAUAGGAAUCUCAAGCUCAAGUCUCAAGGAUGACCAACCCUCAGAGUCUCAGGCUUUGACCCAGAAAGGAGAAAUUGCACCGAUGAAGUAGAAGUAGCUUCAGUACAAACAGAGUACAGAACUCCUACCACAAUGGCCUGCAUUUUACUGCUGUAUUCAAGAUUAGUUCACAUUGACUAUUCAGUUGUGAACUGAGUGGAGGAGGAGAUAAACGCUCUCCACACCAAUGUGGCCCCCCCUCUCAGAGAGGGCAAGGCAUGUGACAUUCAGCAUAAACUCUAUGUCAUAUGAAUCCUACUUCAGUUUCACAAUUCUUACCACUCUCAGUGUUUCUGGAAGGGAUCUCUGUCAGACUGCCUUAGAUACCAGUCUUACUUAUUUUUAAAUUUGCAAGAAUCCUACACUGUCUCCCAUUAGAGGUGGUUAGCUGGCAGGGUGUUCCCUUGACUUCUGAGACUGGUGGAGGUUGACCCUGGACAGUGGAAGGAUACCCAAGAAUUGUUGUGGAGAUGCUUUGUUUAAACAACGUCAGUAGCCCUUGAAAAUAGCAGAUGUUUAUUCAGUUUAAAAAGGCUAGCUGCUCAAGGGCUUGCAGAUAGGGCCCUCUGGCUAACCUUGGUGUUUUCAAUGGGAACUCAUCUGAACCCAUCCUGACCGCUCAGGGCCUCCUAGUACUGCUAGUUCUCACUUUCAUUGUGUUCAGUGCCUCAGGACGCGUCACUGCUGGGCAAGAAAUGCUCGGAAGUUCAGGCCACGAGGGUUAGAUUGGAGCAAAGUGAUUUUAAGUGAGCUAGCCAGAGCUUUCACCCUCGGGUUUAUAGCAAGUACCCCCCGCUCAUACUCUGGUCCUGGUGUCUGGUCUCCUCUGAGCGUCUUCCAAGACCCACAGUAGAAAUACUCUCUGACAGCAGACUUGCAAAGGCUAGUUCCAGCUAAGAACAGAUACUUUUGUUUUUAUUAAUUACUCCCCUUUCCAUGUUUGCCAUCAAAAUACAUUCAUUUUAUUAACUGAGGACCUUACCAAAAAAAGUGCAUACUGCCUGAAACCAUAACUAUUUUUGAUAGACCUGAUUUACAGUUCUCUUUUUUUUUUUUUAACUAUUUGCUAGUGUCAUAGACAUUCUGUGCUAGAAUGGGCCUGUAUACUUCAGUGAUUCUGUCAUUUUCUAGAGAAGGAAACAAAUCCAUAGGUUCAGGUGGUUUUUGUAACACACACAAAGCCAGCUAGUAACAGAAUUCACAGAAUAUACGUUCUUUUUUCUCUCACCCCAUUGUUCUACUUCCCUUCCCUUUUCCUUGUAGUUGAGUGGCUUUUGGAAAAAUGUGUUCCUUAUAGCAGUAGUUCAAGGGUAUGCUAUUAGAUGGUAUAAGAAAAUAAAAGUGUGUAUGUGGGGAGGGACUCCAUGGUUAAUUAAAAUUGAGGGAUGCUUGGUUUGUGUUCUUUCUGUAGGACUUCUAAAGGGUUUGAAUGUGCAAUUAUAUAGUGUGAAUUUAUAACUGUUUCCUUAGACAGUUAUAAAGGACUGUCUAAGGGACAAAGACUGUUUCCUUAGACUUGUUUGACCUUAAACUGCGCCCCCAUCCUCCUUUCCUCAGAGCAUCUCAACAUACUGCUGGUCCCUUGGGAAACGUGGCUCUGCAGUAAAUUUACAGCUCUUGUGGGAGAUGACAUCCAUAAUGGGAAGUCUGAAUGGUAAAUCUCUUUCCAUGGUACCCUGUAAUUGUAACGAACCUCAAAGUUCAGUGCGAUACUAGAAAGCAGACUUACUUGCCCUUCAGAGCUAUACCUAAAGUAUAGUCUUUCCCCCUAUGGUGUGUGAAAUCAGUAUUUGUGUUUAGUUUUGCAAGUUUUGCAAGGAUCAAUUAAUGUGCAGGUACAGUGGUGAUACAUUGAUACUGCGUUUUAAUAACGCUUUUGUAUGGUGCUUUUGGACUGCUUUUGUAACAGCCCUGUGAGACAGGCAGAUGUUACGUAUUAUCAAAUGAGGCACUGGCGGCUCAGAAGGGUUUCUGUGAUUUUUCCCUUAAGUUUAUACCACACAAUAAUGGAGCCAGAAUUCAGUCAGGAUUUCUGACUCCAAGUCCAGAAUUAUUCACACCUGGUUUCUCAUUUCCCUUCUAGAUUUAUAUUUUACAAUGAAAGGUGUGGAAGCAAUUCUUAAAAUAGUACAUUUUGGCUUAUUAUCAAAUACCGUUUCUUUAUUGUGGUGACUCAGAAAAUGUAACUCCUUUUAUAACUCUCCCAAAGAAAACUCUUCUUUUGUUCCUUGCACUGCCAUUUGUGUAGGUGGCUGCCGUGUAUUUCAAAUACCAUUUGAUUUUUAAACCAAGAUUGGACAAUAUGGUGUGAUUGCUUAAGUAAUUUUGGAAAAUGUGUCAUCUCUGCAUUCUCAGGCGAAGUAGAGAGGGUUCGAAAGUAAAAAAGUAUUCCAUUACAACAACAGAUCUUUAUUCUCUCACAAAUGCUGUUUCUUAGCUUUAACUUGCUUUGACAACCUACUGAUGUAACUUCUUUGUAAAUGUAAAAUAUUUAUAUUUUGAAAUAAAAUCAGUGUUGAAUGAA